AUGAACGUCAGCAUUUAUGACUACCCGCGGGAAAUAUGGUACAUCAUUCCGUUCUGGGAGAUAAUGAUCAAAACAGUGACUUUCAUUCCGGUUAUCACGUUCGGGAUCUUCGGUAACGCCGCUCUGCUCUGCAUUAUCUGCACUUUGCGACCGUUGCGAACUCCAACAAAUAUUUUGAUUGCCAAUCUUGCCGUGGUGGAUUUGGCUACUCUGAUCGUAUGUCCCAUUAUGUUUAUGUUGCAUGAUUUCUACCAGAACUAUGUGAUGGGGCCAGCAGGAUGUAAACUGGAAGGAUUUUUAGAAGGAUCGCUACUUAUCACAUCGGUGUUGUGUUUGUGUGCCAUCAGCUACGACCGGUUAACGGCAAUUGUGCUUCCGAAAAAAUCCCGCCUAAAUGUUCGUGGGGUUUCUGUGUUGAUCUUCUUUGCUUGGUUUGUGGGCUUUUCGUUGGCCUUGCCUUUAACUAUUUUUCGAAAUUAUAAAGAACGCCAGUGGCACAACUUUCUGGAAACGUUUUGUGCAGAAAAUACCAGCUUUCUGCCACGCUAUUGGCAUGUGCUUAUUGGUGCCCUCGUUUGGUUUCCUCUGACCGUGAUGAUCUGCUGUUACAGUAUAAUUUUCCUGAAGCUCGAUCGCUACGAACGGAGAGUUUUGAGCAGGGAGCAUCCGAUUUCCGUGUGCUACAAGAAAAAGGUAGCCAAAUCUCUAUUUAUUGUUUUGGUGGUUUUCAUUGUGCUCAGAAUUCCUUUCACGACGUUGGUAUUUAUCCGGUACAAUCGGUAUGUGAACGAAAGCACUAACCAAAUUGGACAGGAUUUUUUGAUUCUCUGGUAUGUGUCACACUACAUGAUGUUUGUGAAUGCAGCAGUCAAUCCAGUGAUAUAUGGACUAACGAAUGACAACUUUCGGAAAGCUUACAAUAAGACCAAAAUUUGGCGCUGCUUCUGGGAUAAUGAACGUUUGAAUAAGGUCGAACCGAAGAGAGAACAUGCAAUUGCAGUCAUAGGUAAUUUGCAGCCACGUGGACCGUGUGCAAAUGAUAAACUAGAUGACUUCUCUGGUUGGGUUGUACAACCAAAAAACUGUGCACUGACUGCUGCUUCACGAGAGACUAAAUCAUCUCAGUUGAAACCAACCACGGAAGACAAUGACAAAAGUCCGUAUUAUUUAACAAACUAUUCAUACAUCAGUCAAUUCCAAUGUAAAAACAACAAGCUUCAGUCAACUGGAUAUAUUUAA